CUCCUCCUCGUAGUCGCGGCCAUCGAGUCCUCCUACUUUCACUGUUACUAUCACGUCCGUCUGCUCUGUCUUCGAGUGCCCAAGGCAAGACCUCGUUUCUGCGACCUUACUUAUUUCUGGGGCAACAAUCUUGUUAACUCACUGCGCAUCGCAUUCUCCACUGGCCGUUUGCUGCGCACGACCGAUGACAUUGAACCCGCACACAUUUCUAUAGUUCGCUCCUUCGCCCGGAGCCACGACACUACUCUCCAGUCUGAGCUGGCCUUUUGACGAUGCUCAUCAGGAUGUUCCAGGCCUGCGUGGAGUAUUGCAGGGCAAGACGUUUCACAGGCCGUCACCUUCUCUUCGCAGUCAUUGGCUGUGUCCUGGUGGUAACCCUCUACUAUUCCGCCCUCUCAAACACAGUAUCUAGCAGCGAGAUAUGGCGGACUGUCCAGCCAGUGCCUACGACCCCGCCUCAUGUAUGGAAGGAGAGAGCCGAAGCGGUCAAGAACGCAUUCCGCCAUGCGUACAGUGGCUACGAGAGACACGCCAAACCCCACGACGAAUUGCGGCCUCUCACUAAUGGGACGAAAGACAACUUCAACGGAUGGGGCGUGUCAUUAUUCGACUCCCUGGACACUAUGAUAAUGAUGGGGCUGAAUGAUGAAUUUGCACGGGCCUUGCCCGUCGUGUCGAGAGCUACUUUCGAGACGAACGCCCCUGUGACAAACCGACAUGUGGGCUAUGCUCCAUUCUUCGAGACUGUCAUCCGCUACCUCGGAGGGCUCCUUUCGGCAUACGCUCUCUCGCGCGAACCGUUGUUGCUUCAACGAGCCGACGAUCUGGGGCGCAUGCUCUCUCCUGCUUUCGAUACGCAGAGCGGGUUCCCGGCUUUCGGUGUCGACACUGUCACUGGUGAGACCAUCGGGGGAUCCUCGGGUGUCCUUGCGGAGAUCGCUAGCUGCCAAGUCGAGUACACCUACCUCGCAUUGGUUACAGGCAACAAGGUGUAUUGGGAGAAUUCGGACGUGGUUAUGAAGGGCCUCUACCGGGCAAAUCUGACCAGACUUGGGGGCAUGCUUCCGAGGCGGUGGAAUCUCGCCACCGGAAACCCCGCAGAUGAGUUCCUCAGCGUAGGCGCUGCAGCAGACAGCGCGCACGAAUACUUAUUGAAGCAGUUCCUUCUGACCGGCAAACAAGACAAGCAAGCAUUAACAUUAUACCUUCGAGCAACUAAUCACAUCCUCACGCACAUGAUAUACCUCUCCGAGUCGCGCGACCUCCUCUACGUGACGGAUACCAACCGCAAUUUCAUACCCAGCCACAACUUCGAGCAUUUGUCGUGCUUCCUGCCGGGCCUCCUCGCGCUCGGCGCCGAUCAGAUUGAUCUCUCCCUCGACGACCUCGACUACGAGACGCUCGGGCCGGUGGGCCAGCGUUCGUACGACCUCCUGCGGAACUACGAUCUGCGAGCGCUGCACCGCUGGGCGGCGGAGGGGCUCGGGACGACGUGCUGGCUCUUGUACGAGGAGCAGCCGUCCGGCCUUGGCCCCGACGUCGUGCACUUCCAGCCGAAUACGGGCGAGUGGCCAGCCCGGGGAGCGCCCCCGGAGCACACGGGCAAGCUCUGGAUCGACGGGAUGGAGAAGUGGCGCAAGGGCGGGGCGCAGAGCUACCCACCUGGUCUGGGGGAGAAGAAGCCUGUGAGAUUCACCCGUGAUGAGAUCGGCAGCGCGAAGCUGCGGGCUCUGCGGGUCCCCGAGCGCGAUUACGUCCUGUCGCGGUCUGAGUACUUCCUGAGACCUGAGACGCUCGAGUCCGUCUACUUCUUGUGGAAGACGACGGGUGACCCCAUCUGGAGAGAGCGGGGGUGGUCGAUUUUCGAGUCGAUCGAACGAGAGACGAAGACACAGUCCGGGUACGCUUCGUCGAAGAACAUUUUGCUAUCGCCGACGCUGCUGGACGAUGAUAUGCCGAGCUAUUUCCUGGCCGAGACGUUGAAGUACCUGUAUCUGCUCUUCCACGACGAAGAUCUCGUGCCCCUCGACCGGUGGGUCUUCAACACGGAAGCGCACCCACUGCCCGUGUUCGCCUGGUCGUCCUGGGAGAGGAACAAGUUCGGCAUUCCGGAGCCGUCUCCGUGAUGAGGAGGUCCCCUCGGACGACUGUAGCGGUGUGUGCCUGUCCCUUCGUCUCGAUCGUCCGACAGUUCAUUUCGGCAGCAGUGGCCGCGCGGUGGUCGGUGCCAGCGAGAUGAGCCGGCGGACAUGCGGUAUGCCGUCCCGAGUUGAGCGCAACUCCGGGGGAAUUCACGUGUGCCCGCUGCGCGGGGCGGCCUGAUGUUUAGUGCGGGGUAGGACUGUAUAGAAAUCUAGAACACACUGUUCGCGGACUGAUCGUAAUCAUAUAAGACUGCCGUACUUAUUGUGAGUCGCCGGUGGUCAUCUGUGGUCAUGUUUCUGCGCCGCGAGCUCAUCCUGAA